AGAUCAUUAUAGUCACCUUACAAAAAACCUCAGUCAGGAUGGCCACCACACGGAUCACCACUGCCUUACCUCCAAAUAUCGACAUAACCAAAGCAGAGCUUGCUUAUGGAGAACAUAUGCUUCCAAAGCUGAACAGACAGCUGCAAGAUAGUACAUUGAUAACAAGACAACGAGCUCUCAAUGCUCUGUGUGAUGUGUUACACAACCCUGAACAUGUCAGUGCUGCACUUAAAGUUGGAAUGGCCAAGAGUCUAAAGAAACUAUUAGGUGAUUCAGAUGGGACUGUCCGGUGGAAAGCAACUGAGGUGCUUUUCAUUUGCUCUAACCACGCCAUCGGUCGAGAUGCUAUAUUAGAGUUUGAUCUCAUUCAGCCAAUAUCAGCAUUAUUUGACGACAAACACGAAGAUGCCAGACUUAUGUCUCACAGGGCUGUUGAGAGUGUUAGUCAUACAGUCAAUGGUGCUCAAGGGAUUGUUAAUGCUAAUCUCAUCAAGAAACUAGUCGAAAAGCUUAAAACUGAAACCGACGAAAUUAAGCAACUAGUAUUGGAUACCCUACACUACUGCAUGAAAGUGGACACAAAUCAGGCCCUUGCAGCUCAGGCUAUGGAGGUCUUCACCUCCCUUCUGGGUCAUGAGACGUGGGAGAUAAGAGGAAAAGCAGCUCGAGAUAUAAUGGAUAUCAGUUUCCCAUUGGAAGGUAAGAAGAGGGCGGUGAAAGUUCGGUGUAUUCCUGUGUUGGUCAAACUACUGGCUGAUAAACAUUUUCACGUGCGAGCGCAGGCAGCUGGCGCUUUGAUGAGUAUAGCGAUCACAACGGAAGGAAAACGAGAGUCGAUCAGUGCGGGAGCUGUGGAAGCGUUGAUGAAACUGCUACAAUCUGACGAUUCCUCCGACGUGCGGUUAAACGUGAUCAAGGUUAAUACGUGCUCAAACGUACGACUCUUGACGGUGAAGGCUAUCACGAUGCUGGCAGAAGCACCCUCGGGAAGAGAGAAACUUACAGCGAUCGUUCCUACUCUUCGAGAUAUUGCCAACACAGGCGGACCCAUGAUGCAGAAAGUAGCAAAAACUGCCAUCAACGUCAUCACUUGGCAACCAUGAGGAUAAAAACAUAAAGAAACCCAGAGAGACUCGUGAUUCAUUCUAUUCUUUAUCAAAAACAUAGAUUUAUCAGACCAUUGAUAUUGUAAAUAAGCUUGUACAAAUGUUUUUGCUCGAAUCCCGAUUCACAGAAUUUAUAACCAGAUUUUAACCACCAUUA